AUAAUGAUUAUAUAUUUAAUAAUGAUGAUGUUGAAUUGGCUGAGAUUCAUAUUAAUCAAUUAUCACAAUUUGUUGAAGAAUUUGUUGCCAAUGAGGAAAAUAAGGAGUUUGAGCUAAAUAUAUUAUUUGAUAUUAAUAAAGAGAUGAAUUCAAUUACUCAAGUUGCUAAAAAAUUAUGUGAAAUAAUUGGAGAUAGUGAUGGUUAUUAA